AUGGCAGGCAACAACAUCAACACCGGCAACGCCAACACCCAAUCCCAAAGACCAGCCUCCCCCUCCCCGCCCCCACCAGCUCCCGUCCCUCUCACCCCGGGCCCCCGCGCGUCGCGUCUCCAACAAGUCUUCGAGCAAGCCCUCGCGCGCACCCUCCGCGCAAACUCCUACUCAAACUUUGCCAGCUGUUUCCCGACGCCCGCAAAACAUGUCCCAGCUAGUCUGGAGAGCGUGUGGAGACAGUUGAAUGCGAAGCUGGAGGAGAGCGCGAAGGCAGAGUUUGAGGAUAUCGUGCUGGAGCGCGAUGCGGUGAGGCAAUUAAAUGAGCUGGAUCGGUUGGUUGGGGAGGCGAGAUAUAGGAGGGAUAAUGGGGAUAAUGAGAUGCGGGAGGAGGGGGAGAAUGUUGCGCCUCACACUCUAGGCGCGGAACAGUUGUAUCAGGCGCAUUUGAUUCCUUUUUUGCAAGAGGCGCAGUCGAAUUUGAAUGAGAAGAUUGAUGCUACGCAUGCGGAGAAUGCUACUCUGGCGCAGGAGAUUCAGGGUCAGAGGGUGGAGAUUGAGAAUCUGAUGUCGAGUCUCGAGUCGGUUGUAGCUGAUCUUGAGGGUGCUGCUGCUGCUGCGACGCAAUAUAGCAAAGAAAAUGAUCUGCGGCAGGAGACGAUACAGAUGGACGAGGAUAUUAAGGGCAGGUCUGAGAUCUAA